CGUCGCCCAGAUGUGCCUCACAGUCGGCUGGUCCAGGACAAAGCCAUCCGCCCUCACCUAUUUGGCCGCCCUGCUCGAGCGCUAUUUGCGCAAAAUCGGCCAGCUUUGCAUGGGCUCGGCCGAGCUGAACAAUCGUACCGCCGCCAAUCUGAACGAUCUCGCCUUCGUGUUCACGUAUCUGCGCAUCGAUAUGGAGCACCUCGAGGCGUACUGCCGUGAGGUGACGUCGAACCCGCUGCCCAACCCGGUACCGUUCGUGACCGUACCGAACAGUGGCCACCUGUCGCGAUUGCCAUCGUUUUCUGUGCCGCGGGACGAGCUGAAACGGAAACGACCAUCGGCCGCUGGGAAUGGCGAGUAAGUGUGUGUGUGUGUGUGUCCGUCGGUGCAGGAAAGGAAGGAGUCUUAAACGCGCGCGCAGCUUAUGAAUUGAUCCCACCGUAGUGUACGCAUCUUAUUAUCUCUCUCUCUCUCUUUUUGUAAAAUGCUUCACACAAACGCAUUUUGUGUGUUUGUUGGAAGUCGUACAAUAAACGACGAUCCACAAACGUUCCAUUUUCCUUUUUGUACUAUACACCAGUAAAGCGUGUGUCCGGCCCGCCCCACCCGGCAAAACCCCCCGUUCAUUCCGUGGCAUGUGCCUGCCAUACCCUGGACUGUAGCACGUGCAGUAUCCCGCGCAGGAUGUCAUUUUUGCACUCAAUGCCGCGCUGUAUCUCCCGCAGCGUGACCAGCUUUUCCCGCUCGAUCAGCAGCCGCUCCUGCUCGUAGUCGUUGAGCCGCCGGAAGCGCUUCCGGUGCGGUGCCUCCUCCGUCUCGUCCAGCUGCUGCUGGUGGUGGUGCUGCUGCUGCUCCACCGUCAGCUCUUCCUCCUCUGCAGCCUCCUCCAGCAGUACCGGUUCCUCCUCUUCCUCCACCUCCUGGAGCUGUUCCUCUACCUGCUCUACCUUCGAGGCGGACGCUGCCGCCGCCGCCUCCUCCUCCUCGCCGCUCUCUUCCACCGGUUGGGAAGGAAUUUCCAGCUCCUGCUCCUCCUCCUCCUCCUCGCCCAUGGGAAACACGGUCACGAGCGUGUCGGUAAAGUCUUCCCCGGCCGCCAGCACCUGCCCGACGGUGGCCGGAUCGAGGUGCGCGUGCACCACGUGCUGCUGCCCCGCAUGGUGAUCGUGGUGCUGGUGUAUGUGAUGAUCGUGUCGCGCGUU